CAAAAUAAAAUAUCCAAAUUUUUAACGGCAGUUUCCCUCACUGUACUCUCUCCCAUUUUCUAAAACUUCCCCAAAUUUUUCUCAAACUCCGUCCGGAUCAUUUGCCGUAGAUAUUAUUUAGAGAAAAAAUUGCUGAUUUCUUCAAGUUUUGGCAUACAAAUUGUAUGAUAAUGGCAGGAUUUUUUGAUUACUUCAAUUUUUAAUUUAUGAAUCUACUAAUCUAAGAUAUGCCGAAGCCCAAACGUUACGAGAAUUUACAGAACUCAGUUUACUCGGCAUCUACUUCACAAGGUGUAGCACAAUCUUCAUCAGCAACUGAAUCAGACCCUUUGCAUUUUGAUGAUACACCAUUUCGUAGUCGUCAACUUAAUCAGAAUCUUUGUCAACAACAGCUGACAUCAUGUCUUCAACCGACACCUUUAGUUCAGGCUGCAGCACAGCCAAAACCAUCUAAAAUGCAUAGUGGACGCGAGUCUAUGCAGCAUUGGACAGUAGAUGUAAUAGAUUCACAAGGAGCUAUCAAGAAAUUCAAAGUGAAAAAAAGAGACGUGUUGAAUUUGUCUGAUGGAGAACGUAUCGUGGUUGAUUUUGACGAAUUAGAUUCUCCUAUUGGUGAAGGACAAGGCGUUCUUGCAGGCUUUUGUGGAAUUUUAGCAAAAGAUAGCUCCAUAUUUCCAAUUCACUUUAAAAAAUGGUCGGAUUUACCUGCGGCGUACUUCAACCAUUGCUUUGAUCAAUUUAUACAGUCACGAUUUUGUUUUAGGACUACCGAGUCAAAUGCAAGACGAUAUGUUUAUAAUUCGAUGUGUAAGAAGUGGGGCGCAAGAAGGCUAAAGUUGUAUGAUAAAGUGUAUGAUCAAUUUAAGAGCAGAGCUGAAAUAAUGGAUAAAGUUCCAGCUGAGAUUCCACGGGAUCAAUGGAUUUCUUAUGUUGAAUACCGCUUUAAAGAGAAAACAGUGGAAAUGUGUAAAAAAAAUGCUGACAAUCGGAAGAAACAAACCAUUUCACACAUUGGUGGCUCCAAACCCAACUCCCGAAGAAGGGCUGAAAUGAUGGCUAAGACUGGACAAAAGCCUGGACGAGGGGAACUUUAUCUCGCUACUCAUAGGAAUGAAGAUGGAUCAUAUGUUAAUGAGGCAGCAAAAGAGAUAUGCGAAAAAAUUGAGCUAGCCAUAAAUCAAAGCACAACAAAUGAGUCUGAAGUUUCGGCAAAUGAUGCCAUUGGUAAGGUGCUAGGAAAAGAGCAUUCUGGACGGGUAAGGUGCUUGGGAUUAGGAGCUGUCCCAAGCAAAACUUUUAAACAAACAAGACCCCGUUACAGUAAUUUGAAUGCUUCAAGUUAUAAUAAUGAUUUGUGUUCUUCCCAAUGCCAAGAGAAGUACGAUCAAAUGUUGAAAGCUCAGAAUCAAAACCUGGACAAUUACAAUGUCAUGAUGAAUGCUCACGCUCAAAUGAUGAAUGCUUUUAAGACAUAUAUAAUAAUGAAAGAAGGAACAAUACCUGAACAGCUUGCUGAGAUCUUCGUUUCUACGACACCUUCAACGGUAAAGAAACUUUCAUAAAUUCCUUUUUUAAUUUUGAAUGUGUGAUUGAUUGGUCC